AUGUCUAAUCUUCAGGUAGAAUCAACUAACAACACAGGGCCUCCAUCUACUGAUAAUCAAGAGGAGUCAUCAACAACUAUUACAUCCACAACAGCACCACCACCAGCAUCUGCAUCUGCAGCACCAGCAGAUCAGACCAUUUUAUCAACCAACAAUACGAAUUCCUCACUAAGAUCAAAAAGACCAGCUUCUUUAAACUUAUCCAAAACAAAACAUUCAGAUGUUGCUUUAAGAAUCGUAAGUCCUGGACUACCUGAGCUUAAUCAUGAAAUGAAAACUACUUUGAAAAUACUGCAAAAGAUUCAAAAACGACAACUUGAUAUUAUCGCUUCUAGAUCUCAAAAUAGUCCAAAAUCCGCUAAUACAGAUGAAGAAGAACCCGAACAUGAUGAAGAUGAAGUAUAUGACGACAAUGACAACGAAAAUGAUAAUACUGGUACAUCAUAUGGAUCUGAUGAUAGUUUAACAAUAUUAUCGAAACGUAAGAAUAAACGUCUAAAGAGAAAUAAUGUUCCUACUCCAUUACGUAUUGGACAAAAUUCAAUUCGAUCAGGUAUUCAAUCAGCUCCAAUGAGACCAAAUGGGAUAUAUAACAGAAGACUCAUGACUCAAGCUCCACCACCACCUCAGGUAUAUCCUCAACCAAUUGCUCUACAACCACAACCUCUUGCAACUCCUUAUUAUUACGUGGGCGGACCACAACAACAAUAUUAUGCUGCUCCAAUGCCUAGAAUGCAAUAUGGGUUACCUAAUGCUCAGAUUACGUAUAGUACACUCAGACCAAUCCAAUCUCAACAACAACAACAACAACAACAAUUCCUCCACCCACAACAGCAACAACCACCACAACCCCAAUCCGCUAGAAUAAGAGUUCCCGGUCCUGGUCCUGGACAAUUCCCCGUUCCAGCCGUCCCAAUCAACAGACAACAACAACAGCAACCCCACCCAGAACCAAGAACAAUCUCGAACCCACAGGUGACAGACGUAUAUUUCGAUGAUUCACUCAAAGCCGCCCCCUUCGAAUCACAACCGAUUUCCGCCCAACGUGACCUAUUUGGCCAUAAUACCACCACGGCAGCAAAAGAUGAUAGAUUGCCAGUCACGGAAGAAGAAGUGAAUGAAAUGCGGGCAAAGCAAACACAACUGAGUCAUAAUAAACCAGUGGCACAAUAUGUGACUGCUCCACCGGGGAUGGCACAACAUGUUAGAAGUAAUGGGAGUGGAAAUGGACAGAGACCGAUUGUGGGGGAGAUAUUUGGGAGUGUUAAUUUGAUGAAUGAGAGUAUUUUCAAUUUCAGGAUUUUUGAGAAGAAAUUAUCUGCGGAUGAGGACGAAGUAGAAGGGGUGGGAGAAGAGGGGGUUGAAGACGUUGAGGCUGUACGAGGGGAUGAAGAUGAAGAGAUGGAGGAUGGACAUGAGAAAUCGGCGGAUGAGGCUGGAGAUGUUAGUGAGGGAUUGAAUAAGGACAAUGAGGAUGUUGUAAUUGAGACUCCACAGGAAGAGGAAUCAAGAGAUGAAGAACAGCAAGCGGAGGAGGGUGAGGAAGAAAAAGAAACAGCAGGACCAGGUGAACCAAAGAAUGAUAAUUCAUGGUUGAAAGAUGAAAAAGAAAAAUUUAUGAAGAUUUGUGAGACUUGUUGGGAUGAAUUCAUUAAAUCUAGAUGUGUAUAA